GUUGUUCUAUCCUGAAUAUGACUUCCGGUGCUAAAAUCAGCUGAAGGACUACAAGAUGUCCUGGAAGGGUAUCGCUGAUCGGUAUGACCCACUCAAGGCUGGGAGUAUCGACUGUACUGACACAGAACCACAUGACAAUGGUAUUGUCCGAGCUAUGAAAGCUAAGUACAAAGCCAACAAGUCUGUUGAUGGCGACCCACACAAGACAAUAUUCGUGUCUCGUCUGGAUAGACAGACUGAGGAAGAUACAUUAUGGACUGCAUUUCGAGAUUUUGGAAAAAUAAAAAAAUGUAGACUGGUACGAGAUAUUGUAACCGGGUAUUCCAAAGGGUAUGGAUUUGUAGAGUUUGAAAAUGAAAAAGAUGCUCGUGCAGCAAGCAUCCAUGGUGACAAGAUUAUCAUUGACAACAGAGAGGUAUUUGUCGAUUUUGAAUGUGAACGGAACUUGAUCGGAUGGAUUCCACGUAGACUUGGAGGUGGCAUUGGGGGAAAUAGAAAGUCUGGACAGCUGAGGUUUGGUGGUAAAGAUAGACCAUUUAUCAAACCUAUAAUUCCCGUUGUUUAUAAAGGAGCGACGAGAUCAGAGGAUAUGGAAGGGUCAAGGAAACUGGAGAGAGAUCAAUACAGGGGAAAUAGAGAUAGAUCUGAUAAGAAUUGUGAUUGGAGUAGAGAAGUAGAUAGGGAUAGACUUAACCGUGAUGAGAGGAGGUACAGAGAUGACAAAGGCAGAGACUCCAGGGACGGGGACUACCGGCGACAGAGGAGGCGGCAGAGAGACAGAAGUCGAAGCAGAGACAGGGAGAGACCAGCAAGAGGGAGUCCAGGUCAGGGAGUGGAUGAACAGAGAGGUGCACCUCGAGACAAUGUUGUUGUUAAGAUCGAGCAAGACAGGUGACAGAAGCAUGUUACUUUAAGGAACACAUGCUAUUAACACGAUUAACAUACAGAAAACUUCCACAUUUGACCUUUCCAUGGCCAUAUACCAUUUUGUGAGUUAUGACCUCUGUUCAAGAGGAUGAGGAGGUGAUGUGUGAAAGAGGAUCAGAUGCAACAUGUCUUUGAACACAGAGCUCCCAUCCUGGCAACAAAGACCAGACCUUGCUAUGGCUACUAGGUUGUUACUUCAAUACCCAUUUCGAAUCCUUGACAGUAUGUAGGUAUCAGCAACCUGCUAAUCAGAACUGGAGACCAACUGGAUUGUGUUUGAGGCUCAGUGACUUGAAUUGUCCCAUGUCAUUGUGUCCACAAUACAUGUACAUUGAUCAAAGCUCAUGAUGUCCACCCCCUGACUUGUGUGUUGCAGACUCAAGUAGCUUCAGACCACUGUUGUAGAGAUUGAACAUCCAUGACUGCAGUGUCAAGCAAGAAAAACAUGCACGAAAAAUACAAUGUUUAGUCUGAGACUGGUGAAAAUCAACAGGUAUAUGUUGUAUUAUCCCAACAUCUUGAUACUUUAUUUUUACCAAAAGUCCCGCCUGUGGACAUGUUGGAAAUAACCAACAGCGUCCAUCUUUGCUGACUUGAUUAUUAUCAUGUGGAGAAAUUAUAUUUUGUGCAAAUAAAUGAAAUAUGUGAUUCAAA